UUCUUCAAAAAGCAAAAAAUCAAUUUGUCCUCAGUUAUUUAAACCAAAAAAUGUAUGUAAUCCAACAUUUGUUACAAAUUUAGAAUUGCAAAGACAAGUUAUGGGAUUUUUCUCUCUAUAACAGACCACAGUAAUAUAUUAGAUCCAAGUGACAACUUAGGCCAAAUAAUAACAAAUGCUGCAUAACAAAGAACUAGUUAUUAUAGUAAAUCAAAAAUCAGUCAUCAAAAUGCGUCUAUUUAUAAUAUUUUAUUUCUACUUUAAAUGCAAUAUAUGAUGAGUUAAGUCCAAUGUAGAACAAACAUUUUAGCUUAGAGUCAUGUAAGCAUGUUCAACACUCACCACACAUGAAUCACUUCAAUUUUUUUCAAAUUAUUAUGAUAAGUGAACCAUCCACUGAUGUAAUAAUGCAAGCAAAGAAGGUAGGAUGAAAACUUUGAUUCUCCCUUGGAGACACCACAUGUCUGAAAAACCUGAAUUCAGAUUUCAUGCAAGGAUCUUACAUUUACGGAAUCAAGACAUCAGUGGUUGUUCGAUCUAGAAAAAAGUUUAUUUUGAUUUUAAUUUAAAUUUUAUAAUUCAAAAUAUAAAACUUAAAUCUAAAUGAUUCAAUCUCGAUCGAACAUUCACUUAUGUCUCAAGUGCAUGUGGAGAAUCCCAAAAACCUCUAGCAAGUAUAGUUUUUUUUAUCUUAAAACAGAUACAGUAAAUUCUACCGUAACCUAACAAUUAUACAAUAUCUCAUGCCACAAAUUUAAAUAUUUUAUCAGAUUCAGAAUGUCAUUUUUAACCAUUUUUCCUCGUUUUCCUACAAUUAAAAACCCGCACAAUUAAAAUUCAGUUCCAUCGUGCGUCAACACCGAACCCAUUCACUUACAUGUGACUAUGUCAAAUCAUCACUACAAUAGCAAGCAACCUUCCAUUAUAUCAUAUUUAUUUUAAUAAUAAUAAUAAUAGAAAUUAAUAACCUCAAAAUCCAAAACAUGUUUAACUUACACCACCGCAAUGAAUUCACCAGCAACAACCUUCAUCCUUGCGGUUCUCUUAUUCAACUUCACAACAACCACCACCACGUCAUCAAAUCCAUACUCAUGCGGGCCCACACCAAAGCGGGAACCACAAAACCUCCAACCUCACAAACUAACAGUACUCAUAAACGGUUUCUCCGAGUCCCGAAUUCCAAUCCUCCAAUCAAUAGCCGCCACGUAUUCACUCUCACCACUAGUAUCGUCUGUGCUCGUCCUCUGGGGAAACCCAUCUACACCUCCACGUGUCAUUAAUCAAUUGGCUCUUAACCUCUCGUUUUCUUCUGAUUCGAUCUCCCUGCACCGAAACGCUGAUAGUAGUCUCAAUGCUCGGUUUCUACCUCGUUUAAACGACAUUCGUACCGAUGCCGUUUUGGUUUGCGAUGAUGAUGUUGAAGUCGACGCCGCGUCGUUUGAGUUUGCGUUUCGUGUUUGGUCGGCGAACCGUGACCGUAUUGUUGGGUUUUUUGCUAGGUCGCAUGAUGUGGACUUGAACCGGAAGGAAUGGGUUUAUACGGUUCACCCAGACCGGUACUCGAUUGUGCUCACCAAAUUCAUGUUGCUCAAAAGCGAUUACUUGUUCAGAUAUAGCUGUGAGGGUGGGCCUGUCAUGGCCCAAAUGAGGAGGAUUGUUGAUUCGGUUCGGAAUUGCGAGGAUAUACUUAUGAACUUUGUGGUGACUGAUACAACGAAUGUGGGGCCCAUUUUGGUUGGAGCAAAAAGAGUAAGGGAUUACGGUGAUGCACGAAACGAUGAAGGAAAUUUUAGCGUGGGAUUGAGUGGUAGGAAAGGGGAGCAUCGAAAAAGUAGAGGGUGGUGUAUAAGUGAAUUUCAUAGGGUUUUGGGAAGAAUGCCUUUGAGGUAUAGCUAUGGUAAAGUUGUUGAUGCUAUUGGGGAACAAGGGUUGUGCCGCAAAGGCGGUAGAUUGGUGUUUUGUGAUCAAUGAGGACCAAUGUGUUUUUAAAAAAAGUUUUUGUUCUA